AUGGUGAAAUUGACAUCGCCUCUUCCGACCGACCCCAUUCAGCGAGAUCGUCAGCCAGCAACAACGAAAACCGCAGCCAUGCAGAUUUUCGUCAAGACCCUCACGGGUAAGACCAUUACCCUCGACGUCGAGUCGAGCGACACCAUCGACAACGUCAAGACCAAGAUCCAGGAUAAGGAGGGCAUCCCCCCGGAUCAGCAGCGUCUCAUCUUCGCUGGUAAGCAGCUCGAGGAUGGCCGCACCCUGAGCGACUACAACAUCCAGAAGGAGUCCACCCUCCACCUCGUCCUCCGUCUCCGUGGUGGUAUCAUCGAGCCCUCCCUCAAGGCCCUCGCCUCCAAGUACAACUGCGAGAAGUCCAUCUGCCGCAAGUGCUACGCUCGUCUCCCUCCCCGUGCCACCAACUGCCGCAAGAAGAAGUGCGGUCACACCAACCAGCUCCGCCCCAAGAAGAAGCUCAAGUAA